AAACUAUCGCUCAGAGGUUUUUUUUUUUUUUCUUCCCAAACCUUCCCCUUUACUCAUCUUUCCUUCCCACUCUCCCACUGCAAACAAACCACUAAAGGACCCCGCCUCCCACCCGACCCUCCGACGGCAGGAGUCCACGGACCUCCCAGGCCGACAGCCCUCCCUCUCCGCGCGCGGGUUCCGGCCCCGGUGAGAGGGCGCGAGCGCAGCCGAGGACAUGGAGGUGACUGCGGACCAGCCGCGCUGGGUGGGCCACCACCACCCUGCGGUCCUCAACGGACAGCACCCGGACACGCACCACCCGGGCCUCGGACACUCCUACAUGGACCCGGCUCAGUACCCCCUGACGGAAGAGGUGGAUGUACUUUUUAACAUCGAUAGUCAAGGCAACCACGUUCCCUCCUACUACGGAAACUCGGUCAGGGCCACCGUGCAGAGGUACCCUCCGACCCACCACGGGAGCCAGGUGUGCCGCCCGCCUCUGCUGCACGGAUCCCUGCCCUGGCUGGAUGGUGGCAAAGCCCUGGGCAGCCACCACACCGCCUCGCCCUGGAACCUCAGCCCCUUCUCCAAGACGUCCAUUCACCACGGCUCCCCAGGGCCGCUGUCCGUCUACCCUCCAGCCUCAUCCUCUUCGCUGGCCGCGGGUCACUCCAGCCCGCAUCUCUUCACUUUCCCGCCCACCCCUCCGAAGGACGUCUCCCCAGAUCCAUCGCUGUCCACCCCGGGAUCCGCCAGCUCUGCCAGGCAAGACGAGAAAGAGUGCCUCAAGUAUCAGGUGCCGCUGCCGGAUAGCAUGAAGCUGGAGGCGUCCCACUCACGAGGCAGCAUGACCACCUUGGGAGGGGCCUCGUCCUCAGCCCACCACCCCAUCACCACCUACCCGCCCUACGUGCCGGAGUACAGCUCCGGACUCUUCCCGCCCAGCAGCCUGCUGGGGGGAUCCCCCACCGGGUUCGGAUGUAAAUCAAGGCCCAAGGCAAGAUCCAGCACAGAAGGCAGGGAGUGUGUGAACUGCGGGGCAACUUCGACCCCACUGUGGCGGCGAGAUGGUACUGGGCACUACCUUUGCAAUGCCUGUGGACUCUACCACAAAAUGAAUGGACAGAACCGGCCUCUUAUUAAGCCCAAGCGAAGGCUGUCAGCAGCAAGGAGAGCAGGGACAUCCUGUGCAAACUGUCAGACCACCACGACUACCCUCUGGAGAAGGAAUGCUAAUGGAGACCCUGUUUGCAAUGCCUGCGGGCUCUACUACAAGCUGCACAAUAUUAACAGACCCCUGACUAUGAAGAAAGAAGGCAUCCAGACCCGGAACCGGAAGAUGUCUAGCAAAUCCAAAAAGUGUAAAAAGGUGCACGACUCGCUGGAGGACUUCCCCAAGAGCAGUUCCUUCAACCCGGCUGCCCUCUCCAGACACAUGUCCUCCCUGAGCCACAUCUCCCCAUUCAGUCACUCCAGCCACAUGCUGACCACGCCCACGCCCAUGCACCCGCCCUCCGGCCUCUCCUUCGGACCUCACCACCCUUCCAGCAUGGUCACCGCCAUGGGGUAGAGAAAGAGAGAGAGGAGAGAGAGAGCAAGAGCCCUGCUCCACGUGCACCAGGAGUCUCCAGUCUGCAAAGAGUCCCUCUGACCCCUUCAACUUGCGUUUUUGCAGGAGCAGCGUCAUGAAGCCGGAAAGCUACAGCUAUGUGUUUUUGAAAGCAGAAAGCAAAAUGGUCGCUUCUUUUUCAAAGGAGCGGGUGGCGUCUGUGUUCCAACCACUGAAUCCAGAUCCCAUUUGUGAAUAAGCCAUUCAGACUCAUAUUCCCUAUUUAACAGGGUCUCUAGUGCUGUGAAAAAAUAUUGCUGAACAUUGCAUAUAACUUAUAUUGUAAGAAAUACUGUACAUUUGAGGAAGACUUUAUUGUACCCGGAGAGCUGUAAGGAAGGCAUGAAGGACUCCAAGAAUUUUAAGGAAUAAGGGGAAAAUAAAGUAUGGAAAUGCAGAAGAAACUAGGUCUAAGAUCCAAAUGGACAAACUGCCAGUUUUGUUUCUUUCCACUGGGCACAGUUUGAUGCAUUAAAAAAAAUAAAAAAAAAAAAUA